AAAAAAAAAAAUAGUGCAGUCGAGGGUACGCCAAUCUCUACAACCUUUCAACUUAUUUUUAUACGACACGAAUUUGAAUAUAUACAACUUUUAUCAUUCAACUACAAAAGCCUAAACCAUACACCAAAACCCACUCUCUCAAUUAUGUCUAACAUCCGCAAGAACAAGUUUUUUACAACCAUUUUCUCCUCCACCGCCGGCUGUGGCCGCUGUCAAAAGCCAAAACUCUCUGACAUCGUCCAACCUAACAAGAAACCCCCCACCACCAUCGUCAGACGCUCCUCUUCAAGCUCCAGCACUGAUCACAAUGGCACCUUCUCUCUCGACGAAGACUACAGCUCCGCUUCCAAAUCCACCGGAUCCCAAAGCCCGGUGGCUAUUCUCAUCUGCGACAGCAUAGCGGUCGAGAAGGAUUCCGACGACCCAUACGAGGAUUUUCGGCGAUCGAUGGUUCAGAUGAUAGUCGAGAAGAGAAUUUACUCUCCCAACGGGCUUCAAGAGCUUCUCAAUUGCUUCCUCCAUCUCAAUUCUCCUUACCACCAUGAAAUAAUCCUCAAAGCUUUCACUCAAAUUUCAAAUGAGUUUGAAUCAUCCCACCGUCUUUGGAAUAUCUCUAAUGAUAAUGAGUGGAAACCGCGGUCCGCCGGUGAAGGUUGAUGGAUAGAUAUCACGUGGGAAGGCAUGUGAGGGCAUUGAAUUGGUCACAUGAAAGAUGGAGGAGGGAAGUGGAGGGCGAGGGUAGAAUGGUCAUUUCAUGUAGAGUUAGGUCAAUGGUUUAAUGCUGCUUUCUCUCAUUGUAGAUUUGGAUUUUUUUUUUAAUUUUUUUUUUAAUUUACUUUUUGAAUCAAUUCCUUUUUCUUUUUUCUACUUUCUCUUAGUUGUAAAUUGAAAAGAUAGCAUUAUAUAUAAUAGGGUUAUGUUUUCUUCAAUAA